AUGGACUCGUCGGACGUGGCGGAACCUCCGGAACCUCCGAAGUCAGGAGUGCUGCGCAGCAGCAAUUUCAGCAGGAAUUCGCGGAAUUCGCAUACGCCGGGGCUGCGUCCGUCUACAAACACUGGCGUCAGCUAUGCGCUGCCACCCGACACACCAGAGCCUCAGCAUAUGCGCAUCUCCAAGAUGACGACCGGGAGCGGCAGCAGAUCACGCAGCCAGGAGCUACGAACAUCAACAUCAGGAGUGGGACCGCAACUCACGACAGCAACAAGCAAUGUCUCCAACGCGAAGUCGACAUGGUUUGCGACCCAGUCUUUCGUGACGAGCGCUGGCGGCUCGAUGAGGUCCACGGAAUUACGGGAGGAGGAGGCGUAUCUUGGAAGCGUUGUUGCUGAAAGAUACAUAGAUCUGGAUCCAUUCGUCGAGGCCGUCGGCUACUUCAAAGAGCAGCAGCGGCGUUUGGAUGUGAACUCCUUGAUCACCACUCGGAAAGCAACGGAAGAAACUCGCUUUGGCUGCCUGCUCUCGGAAGAGGAAAUUGAGCAGCUUCUGCAGGAGGAGGUGGUCAGGGUGGGAAUGCAGAACACACUGCUCAUGGAUUUCGUUUUUGGGAUGGUCAUUCUGGCAAACGGUGUGAUGAUGGGCCUGACGACGCAGGGUGUCGUGGACGAAGAGAGCAGGGAAGCACAAAUAUUUGAGAUCGUCUGUGUGGGCUUGUUCACCAUCGAGUUUCUGCUUCAUUGGCUCUUUGAGCGGCUUCACCGUGUGAAGGGAUGCUGUGCAAGCCUGCGCUCACAUAUGCAAGAUAAUUGGGCCAAGUUUGACCUCACGUGCCUGGUACUCGCAUGGCUUGACCUUCUGAUGACCUACCUGAUUGAAAUUGAAGGUGGAACCUCCGCGUUUGCCGUGUUGCGAGUCCUUCGGUUGAUGCGGCUGCUGCGCUUGCUCCGGUUAUUGAAGAUCAUGCAGCAAUUGUGGCUCUUGCUGAGCAGCAUGGUGGCAGCAAUGCGUGUUCUUUCCUGGGCAACUGCAAUGCUCGUAUGCAUCUGCUACAUUUUUGGUAUCCUCGUGUUCGAGCUAACGAAGGGAUCCCUGGGCACUAGGCCUGAUCUCGCGGCCGAUUGGGACGGAGUUGUCACCUCAAUGCUGUCGCUGGCGCAGAUAGCAACUUUCAGUGGCAUUGACUUGAUUCGCCGAAGGAUCGAUGCUUCAGAUGGAUGGCUCUUCAUGCCUGCCCUUUUCCUGUUCAUGGCAAUCGCCUCCCUCGGCAUCAUCAACCUCAUUGUCGGCGUGCUUUUAACAGCUGUAUUGGACCGCGGAGACCAGGAUGACAUGUUCGAGAGCACUGUCCUGAAGCUCCGACAGCAUCGGGCGCUUCGGAGACUUCGGCUUGGUCUCUGUUUGCAUGCGGAGAAGACCUUGGGAAGGACGAAGGAGGGAAAGGACGACUCGCAUUUGGUUUCUCGGCGAAUCCUGCAGGGCUGGGCACGGGGUCCGGACGCAGAGCUCAACAAGCAGGAGGAGGAAGCGGCUGAGGAGGACGAUGACGAGACCCUGCAAGAGCAGAUUCAGAACAUCCGUGCGAACCUCCGACGCGAUUCUCCGGACAACGCCGGUAGUUCCGAGAAUUUGGUAGGCAAGGGCGUCGGAGUGAAAAUGAAGAGGAAGGCAGGCCCUUGUGGCCGAUGCUGUGCAGCCGUCUACUCGCGCUUCUGCAUGCGCCCUCUCACAUCCAUGAAGCGAAUCCUGCGAAGCCGCCUUGGCACCGUGAAGAUGGAGCCAGGUGAGAUCGAAGAUCUUCGUUCCGAGUUGCCUGGUCUUUUCGCAGCAGCGGGGGUGUCUAUGCAAGACAUUGAUGCCGUAUGCUCUGAAGUGGAGAACCUCAUGGGCGACAAUGCUGGCAUCACCAUAGAUGAGUUCAUCGAGAGCUUGGUGUUCAUGAAAUCGAGAGCGCACCCGCUGGACAUAGUGGGUGUCAUGCGCGGCUUGUGGCUAAUAUAUGAAAGGAUGUCCAGCAUGGACACUUUCUUUGAGCUCGCCGGCAACUCGCUGAAGGAGUGCAGCUCACAGCUUCAGCCUUUGUUGCAGAAAAUGUCUUCCAAAGAGGCCACCGUGAGCAAAGCAGUCGCCGCCAUCUCUGAGCUAUCCGAAAGUCCCGAGAUGCAAGAGAGACGUCGUAUGUUCGAAGAGCAGGAAGCACGACUGUUCACAGCGAGCCAAACGGCCUUUGACAUGUUCUUUGCAGUCGUUUUGGUGCUCAAUGCGGUCAAGCUUGGCGUGGAUAUUGUCCUGUUGCCUCCAAGAUUGUCCGACUUGACCGCGAGAAGCUUCCAAAGCCCUGCCAUGGCCUGGUUCAUGCUGGAAGCGUUCUUCACACUGACUUUCACAACCGAGCUUUUCUUGCGUGCCAUCUUCAAGUACCAGAUGGAAGUUAUGGGAGAGCAUGAACUCUUUCUCUUCGUAGUCCCAAAGAUCGCUUCAACUUUGACCUUCAACCAAGUGGUCGACAUCAUCAAGUACUCCUGGAGACUCUUUAUGGACAAGCUCUUCCUUUUCGAUGUGAUUACAGUGCUGGUAUCGUUGCUUGACACCUUCGUGUUACGUUUCGCAGGGAAUCAAACACCGGCCUUGAGACUGGUAAGUUUGCUCCGACUGCUUCGUUUGGUUCGGCUGCUCCAUUUGGUGAAAGAUCUGUCGAGACUCGUCAACGGCUUUGUCGGCAACAUCCGGUUCAUUUGCAGGUCGGUGAUAAUGAUGACUAUUUUCAUCUAUGCAAAUGCCAUUCUGAUGGUCGAGUUUGUCGGUCGCAGCGAGGACACCCAAAAUGAUGCAAACAUCCAGGCCAAGUGGGGCAACAUCCCAAGCAGCAUGCUCUCGCUGCUGACAAUGAGCACAUACAGCAGUUGGAGCUUGAGAGUGGCGGAAGUUGCAGCAUACCCCUCCCUGGCAAUAUUUAUGCCCAUAUUUACAAUCCUCUUCUUGGCGGUUUGCAGUUUAGGCAUGUUGAAUCUCGUGACGGGCGUCAUGGUUCAGACCGCUUUCUCCUUCCUGAAGGACGACAGCAAAGAGAAGAGCAUUGACCGGCUCGUGACCGCCCGUGAGCAGAUGCACAAGGUGAUGGGACAAUGUUAUGACGACAUGCAUCGCCAUGUGGAGCGACAGCAGCAGAAGGUUAAGGAACGGGUAAACCGAAUCCGCGAGAAGCACACGAUGAGAUUUUCGACCGAUCCAUCGCUGGUCUCACAUCUCCGAUCUGGAUCAGUGGAUACUUUUGCGACGACUGAGAGCUGGACGGCACCGGUCCCAGUUCCUGAAGCGCCGGCACAUCCAGGAGCUCAGCCUCCACCUCCACCUGAAGAGCAAUUCCUGGUGUCUGCUUUUGAUGAUGACAACUAUGCAGAGGUUACUCGAUGCCUCUGGGUUUCCGAAGAAGAGGUUGGCAUUGAUGUACUUCUGACACUGAACCCGAAGCUGUCUCCAGACGCGGACAGUGAUCCGAUGAAGAGUUCGCUCACCUGGGAGGGCGGCAAAGCUGAACCAUGCCUUGUUAUCCAACAGACUGAUCACAAUCAGCAUCAGCCAGAUGAGGGAGAUGAGGAAGCUGGUCAGCAGCAUCGCGUCAGGACGUCUUCUCAAACAAUCGUCUUCCGGCCGGUGUCAUUGUCGAAGGUCUUCGCUUUUCGGUAUGGCGGCAAUUUCACGAUUGUGAAGGCCAGGGCUGCAACAGUUCCCGGUGCCGGAAUGCUCGAAGCAGGGGAGCUAGAGGACCUGAUGCCCGUCGACCCGACACUCGUGACCAUGCGAGAGCUCAAUUACCUCUUGCAGGACAAGCGAUUUGCCAAGAGUUUGGAGCUCAUCGGCAUGCGUCCAGAUCAAGCCCUCAUGGUGUAUCAGAAGCUGAACUUGACGAACACUGAGAGGGUGAAGGCAUUCCACUUCAUCGAGGCGAUCCUGCGCAUGAAGCGGCCGGUUCAGGGCUUGGAUGUGGCGGUCUCCAAGAGCAUGAUGCGUCGUCUGGUGCUUGAGGUUGAGAGCCUCGCGACAAAUUGCAUCAGGUGCCAGGACUGCUUCCGAUCCGUUUCCGAGAAGCUCCGUGAGGUUGAAAUCUUGGAGGAUCAUGCUGAGGUGGCGACCACGGAGUCCAGGAUGGAAGUGGAAAAAAGUGCGGCUGCGGACGAGGAGGCUGUGGAGACGCAGGAGAUACGGGCAAAGGUAUACUAUUCAGACCUGAUGCGGCGGAACAGGCAGCUCGAGCUGAAAAUUGCUUCCAUCAAAGCCUUCGUUCGGCAUGCUCGCAAGGAGACUGCCGAGGAAGAAGGAUUGUCUCUUGCACAUCUAAGCAGAUUCAGCAUGCAAGGGGCAAGUCUGCUUCCCCGUGGCCGCGUGCGAGGAAGCUCAAACCAGGAGACGAAACGUCCGCGUUCGGCCAGCCCUGGCUGGGACUGA